AAAGGAGCAGGAGGAUCACUGUAGUCCAUUCAGAUAGAGCUUAGUGCUCUUAGACAGCGAAAUGAUUUCAUCUUUGGCGAUGAUCAAAGGUUAAACCUUCAGCACUGGAGCUGAUUAGCACACGCUUUUAAGCUAUUGUAGCUCUGAAAUGCAAUUAACGUCAUUCCAAUGUGAAAACAAGCAGCUUUGCACCGAUAUUGGAAUAAUUUAUAGUUAUGUUAAUUGCGUAAACAAUUGAGGAAUUAGAGUAGUUUAAAGAAAGUAAACACUGGAGCUAAAAUCUGGAAAUAGUGAGUAGGAACCGAAUAGGUUUCUCAAAUAUUGUUUUGUGUAGAUAAUUGAAAUGAAGAAUAUUUUCAUUAGUUUUAGCAUUUAAUUUAAUUUUCUAUCAUUUCUUCGUUUUUCAAUUUCCAGUAUUUAGUGUUUUUUUAAGCAAUACAAGCACUUCUCAUUGGGUGAUGCACUUCAGUUUUCAACAAAUUAAUUAAAAAUGUUUCACUAACAAAAAGUGAGCCUGUUUUAAAAUCAUAACGUUGUUUUUUUUUAUUUUUUUUAACUUGUUUUUUCAUCAAGCUGUACAAACUUAAACAAUAUUUAUGAAUUGUUCAUGUUUUUCAGUUGUGUUAAACUUUGCAUUUAUCUCUGAACGUUCAUAUUAUUUAGUUUUUUGUCACUCUUUGUCACAUGUUGGUCUUUCAUCCUAACGAUCUCUGUAGAGAAAACCACGAGUCAUGUUUAGAGGUACGACUCAGAUAUCGGGUUUCCUGGCUGGAACCGGAGAUGUGUGCUUAUGGAAGCCAUCUCAACUGUUACAAACUGGAUUCUGACGUUUGCAGACAACCAGAGGAGGACUUACCCGAGCGCCUCCAGCCCCGCUCCUGUGAUGCCCGCAGGGAUGUUCAGCAUCGACAGCAUCCUGUCCGGGCGGCCGAGCUGCAAGGAGCCGCUGCUGCUGCACCGCGGGGGCCCGCUGCUGCUGUCCGGCCUCGCGGACUCGGUGUACGGGGACUACGGCGGGCUGUACCCGGGCGCGCGCGGGCCGUCCCCGCCGGGGGUGCACUCCGUCAGCGGCACGCGGAUCGGAUAUAACGGCUACUAUUACGGACAGCUGCAGGUUCAGGGCGCCGGGGGGGCGCCGCCGUGCUGCGGGGCCGUGAGCGGCCUGAGCCCGCAGCAGUGCCCCUGCAUCCCCGCAGGCUACGACAGCCCGGGCUCCGUGCUCAUCUCCCCCGUGCCGCACCACAUGAUGUCCUACGUGAACGUGGGCAGCCUGUCGCGCACGGAGCUGCAGCUGCUGAACCAGCUGCACUGCCGCAGGAAGCGCAGGCACCGCACCAUCUUCACCGACGAGCAGCUCGAGGCUCUGGAGGGGCUCUUUCAGGAGACCAAGUACCCGGACGUGGGCACGCGGGAGCAGCUCGCGCGCAAGGUUCACCUGAGGGAGGAAAAGGUGGAGGUGUGGUUCAAGAACAGACGCGCCAAGUGGCGGCGGCAGAAGCGCUCGUCCUCGGAGGAACCGGAGAACCCGCAGAAGUGGAACCAGCGCGCGCAGACGGAGAAGAGCUGCGAGAAGAGCGACGUGGACUCGGACAGCUGAUAGAGAGGGGCGCGAGGCGGGACGCGCGAGGCGGGAGGCGCGAGGCGCAGCCCCCCACACGUGCACACCUCCGUCCUGUGGACCUCCAGCGGUGUGACGUUGCACAGGUGUACAUAUCUCCAUGCUUGUGAUUCCCUUAUUUAUUAAUUUAAGCGGCUCCCCUGCGAGCGCGCGCGCAGAGGGAGAAGGGCGCGCGCCGCCCCACUGCGGACUGACCGCGCGCCUUUCCAUGUUGUAACACGUGACUGUUUCCUGCCCGUUAUUAUUAAUAUUAUUAUUAAAUGUUGUAAAUGUGCGCGGAGGCUUUAGGUGACAUUAAAGUGUGAACGUGGAUCUUCACGUCCGGGUCUCCGCUGUGGGUUUGUCGGUUCUGGUUCUGGACCUCUGCAGCCGAAACCCUCUAAAGGUCACGUGACCUUUGGGCCGGUUUUGACACGUUUGAGCCUUUCUACGGAAAUGGAAACACAUUUUAAAGGUUAUUAUUUUUUUCUUCACAUUGUUUUAUAUUUUUCUGAAGGAUCGUUUUGAUUGACUUCAGGUCCGCGUGACAGAGCGCACGUGCUCAGGACAAAACCAGGAAAUUUCAAUCUAAAAUUAAAUAGUUUAACUAGAAUUUUGUGAAAGGUUGAAACGAAAAACAAAUUGAUUAAACAUUUUUUUAAUAUUAUAUAUAAUUUACAUAUUUUGGUUAAUAUUUAUUUUUUAACCAAAUAUUAAAACUGUAAAUGCUUUUAAUUUGAAACGGAAAAAUGCCUGAUAUUAAUUGUUUUAAAAGAAAAUUAGCUUAUUAUUCCUCUAAAUUUUUGUAACAAAAAAUAUGGGAAAUUGAGGUCAAAAUAUGCCCUUAAUGGAAUGAAUCGGACUGUUUUUGUUUCAUUUGUGGUCACAACAUGACCUUUUUUCAAUUUAGAUUUUCAAAAUAAACUCUAGAAAAGUUAAGUCAUUAAAGCAAUUGAUAUAUAUAUAAUAAAAAAAGAAAAGGCUAAUUUAAAAUACUCUUAAAUCUUAGAACCAUUUAUAACGCAUUUAUAGUGUAAAUCAAAUAAUUGCUAUAAUAAAAUUAUAACAUCUGGUUAUUAGUUACAAAAACUAAACUUGUUCAUCUAAAAUGUAAAAAAUUAAGCAAAAAUGUUUUGAUUUUAAUU